AUGUCGUCCGCGUCACAGGAAAAUAUCGCCUCCGACACCCCCACCUCCGCCUCCUCCACUCUAGCAUCUCCGACACCCCAAAAACCCUCCUACCAAUCCGCAGCCUCCUACUUCUCCUACCCAGUCAGCCACGUCGUCUCAGGCCUCUACCGCCGCAUAACAGACCCAGACAUAACAAAAGAUAUGCCCUCCGUCAUGCCAUGGUCACGCUCCUCCUCCACAUCCGAAGUCUUCGCACCGCGCCGAACAGCCUCGCCCUUCCAACCACCACCACUCACACCACUCACCCUCGAGAUCCCCACAGGGAUAGAUCUCCUCCAACAGCAACUCCUGACCCGCGCCCUAGCAGAAGAAAUCCGCCUGCUAGUCCCGCCGCGCCUCCAACUCGCCGAAACCUGGCGCCUAGCAUACAGUCUCGACCGCGACGGCGCAUCCCUCUCCACCCUCUACGAGAACUGCGCCAAGUUCUCCCACCGCAGCCCGCGGGCGGGCUACGUCCUCGUCGUCCGCGACUCCUCCCCCUACAGCUCCGUCUUCGGCGCCUACAUGACAGACCCCCCACACCCGGACUCACAGUUCUUUGGCACAGGCGAGUGUUUCCUCUGGCGCGCUAGCGUGCUCCCACCCCCGGCAAGCUUCUCCCUACCGGGCGAGGGACCCCAGUCCCAGGAAGCCCUUGAGCGUGCAGGACUCCCUCCUCCCCCCCUCGGCGGAUACCACUACCGCCGCCCGAUGGAUGGGGGUGUCCUGGCGCCGCCUUCGCCUUCUUCGAUUCAUACUUCACGGAGUGGUGCGAGUACUCCCGAACGCAUUCGCUUCAAGGCUUUCCCGUAUAGUGGGGUUAAUGACUAUAUGAUCUUCUGUGAAACUGGAUUUCUCAGUCUAGGAGGCGGCGAUGGUCACUACGGAUUGUGGCUUGACAGCAGUCUCGAAAAGGGUGUUAGUGCAUCCUGCCAAACCUUUGGAAAUGAGCCUCUCUCCGAUGAAGGUGUCAAGUUCGAUGUACUUGGUGUUGAAGUGUGGUAUGUGGGCUCUUGA